CACUGACUCAACUACGCCGGCUAUUUGAGGAUAGAAGGGCGUCCCCAAGGGAUAUACUGCCCGACGGCAGCACUCUUCUUCAUGUGAGUCCCCAAGCACACGUUCUGCGCGAGACACCGCGCUAACUCGCCGCAUACCCUGGUAGCUUGCGAUUCGGUGGGCUAUGGAUAUCUCCCCCGAUUGCAUGCCGCACUACCGUCAGUUUCUAAAUCAGCUGGUGGUCCAAUACCAUGUUCCGAUGAAUGACGAGGCCCGCUAUCGCCAACCCGGCGCGGAUCGCGUAGAAUCCAAAACCGUCCUCGACUCUCUUCUUUCCAUCAGGCACUGCCACUGGCCUAGCAGCAAUAUUUCGAACCCAAGGAUGGUCGAAUUGGGAUAUAUUCUCUCCGACUUCAUGGCCCAUGGUGCCUUCGUGACGCUCACAUCAUCCAUGGGACCGCCACAGAGCGAGCGUUUGAUCCGAGAAGGCCAUAGCUCGCCGGUCAGGUACUCUAUCAGCAACCUCUUCCUCCCGAAGGUGAUCGACGAUUGGAGUAGAGAAGAGCUUCCAUUUUCGGACCUUGAAAUUGCCAUUUUACAGCAAUCAGAGAAGCGCUUACGACAAAUACUACACAAACAAGAGCGGAAACCCAUUUCAGAGACCCUCUCAUAUCUAUUGGCCGCCGUAGGUUGGCCGCAAGGGCUUGAGAUGAUUCUGAGAUCGUGCCCGUCUCCGUGUCUCUCACCGGUCCUAGAGCAGGCCAUCAUGAUCUCCGAACCGGAGUCUGUCCGCAUCCUAUGCAGUUCCGGAGAAUGCCCUAUUUCCGAUUGGGUAGUGCAUCUCGCGGCCGUUUAUCAUUAUCACCCUGCGGUGUUCAGGACUGUCGUCGUCUGUCUGGCAGACAGGAGGCGGCGUCUUCUGAGAUUAGCCCGGGAACAUAUGCCUCGUCGAUGGCUGGAGGAGCUUGGGGUGCACCCCGGACUAGAUUUGGUGGACUCGCAGGCAGAGCGUGUGGAAAGAGCACUUAGAGACUCCGUCGGUGACUCCGUUCACGGUCUGCCUUCUUGUGAUUACUCGUACCCCGGGUCAUCUGUUUAUCACUUAAUCGGUUGCAACGUGCAAGCCGCGGAUAUUCUGUACAGUGUCGGAUUUACGAACGUUGGAGAGGUUGACCCCUGGGGGUUAUCACCCGUCUUUUACCUAGCUCCGCCGAACACGGUUGAGCACGGCACAAUGUUUGAAAGCCAGGCUUUUAUAAACAGUCUCUCCGACUUUCUGAAGGUGUGCGUAUGGUUCCAAGACAAGGGAAGCGCUCUGGACCAGGAAUCCCGGGGAACACCGCUUCUCCCCGUCCAUCACAUCGCCUGUUGUAUUGGCGGGUGUAUUGCUAGAACAUUAGGAGCACGACGUGAAAUUUUACCCGAGCAUCUCAUGAGAUCCAGAAUCACUCGAGUGGGCACUGAUUGGCGCACAGUGCUCGCCCGAUACCCAGUCAUGCUAGAGCAGAUCCUGGGCGAUACUGAGCAUCACGAUUCAUGCUCUUGUGCCUGUUCUGUGGAUGGAUGCCUUCCACCGAUGAUAAUUCUCAAGGAGACGAUUUACCGGCUACGCCCCGCAAUACUGUGCGGUCAGAUGGCCGCCCAUCUGUUUGAUAUUCUAUCUGUAUCCCAUCCGAGUGGCGCACGCGACUUGCAAGAUCGCCUGGCACCCGCUGUACUCCGCGCCUGCACUUUUGAAACUCUCAGUCUACGCCAUACAUGCCGGUUCCAUAAUGGGCGAGAUCAUACAAUCGGACGAGUGAAGCUGGAUGACAUUGCCGAGGUCCAGGCAGAGGAUAGACUGUUAGUCGAGCGGUUGGCAGAGUUGGUCUCGGAAUUCGAUUCCAAGUAUCGCACCCUGGGCGUUUCUUUACCGGUAUUUCUGAGGGGCUAUUGGGAAUCUCGUAUGAAGGCAGUUCAACAAGAAGAGGAGGUAUUUGACGAAGACGAGGCGCGUAGAAUGAGGGAAGUUGGUGUCACCGUUGACAGGGUGUGAGUAAUAUAGGCCCACGAUGGAAAGAAACAUCGAUGUUUGGAAUAUAGAUAUGGAGGUCUCCCGGACGAGAUUUCCUUCGGGGUGGCUUGGGAAAUGCAGGAAUCAUGUUUUGUACUUUGGGUUAUGUAUACCUGGAACAGGGUUCAUGAAGUAUACUAUCAUGACAACCAGCUCCGGGAUGAGACGUCGUCCAAUAUUUCUUGGAUUGGUGUUUCUCUCGCGCUCGGAUUCAGUAAUCCCAAUGAUGUUACACCCAGCCCGGCUCGAUCAAAUUCAACCCGGGUGUUGACAGAUCGC